UAAUUUAACGCCGAACUCCAACUCGACAACAUCCAGCACAUUUUUCGUGUGCAUCACACAUACUCUCUAAAAGUUGGCAAAAAUAAAUACAAAAUAUUCUUAUCAUUCCGAAACUGUGUGUUUCUAACAUCAUCACAUCGCGAGACAUCGAAUCAAAGUGGUUGUAGAUGUAUUAAGCCGAUCCUCCACUGUACACACCACAUAACGCAUUUGUUAUUGCUGAUCGACGACAUCGAAAGCUGCUCGCCAUUCCACACGCGCUGCCGGUUAGUUUUGGCUAUAGGUCGUCGCCUCAGUCUGCAAAUAUCGUUCAACGAGUUUGGCAGUCAUCGGUGACCCACGGUGUUCGGUUCGAUUAUUUCCUGAAAGUAUUAGAGGCAAGUGAUAUCCCAAGGCAAGUCCAGCAGUGCAACCAUGGCUUUCCGAGUGAUGGCGUUCUCCAACAGCCUGAAGCAGGCCACCGUGAUCUCCGACCUGCUGGCCAGGUCCUUCUGCAGCGGUCCCAAGAAUGUCGGCUUCAUCGGGCUGGGCAACAUGGGCGGUCCCAUGGCCAGCAAUCUCAUGGCCAAGGGCCACAAGCUGCACGUGUUCGAUAUCUCGCAAGAGGCCAAGGACAACCUGAAGGCCAAGGGUGCCGUCACGUACGACAACGUGUCCGAGCUGGCCAAGGCUUCGGACUUUGUCGUCACCAUGCUGCCAAACAACGAUAUUGUGGCCAACACCUACGACACCAUCCUGGCCGGAGGAGUUAACACCAAGACCUUCUUCGUCGAUUCCAGUACCAUCGAUCCCAAUGUGGCCAAGGCCGUUCAGCAGAAAGUGCAGGCUGCUGGCGCUACCUUCGUCGAUGCCCCGGUUUCCGGUGGUGUUCCCGGAGCUCAGAAUGCCACUCUGACCUUCAUGGUCGGUGGAACCCAGGAAGAGUACGAACGCGUCAAGGGACUGCUGGAGGGUAUGGGCAAGAAGAUCACUCACUGCGGCAGCUACGGCAUGGGACAGGCCGCCAAGGUUUGCAACAACAUGAUGCUCGGUAUCUCGAUGUGCGGUCUGGCCGAAUGUAUGAAUUUGGCCAUCAGACUCGGCUUGGACCCCAAGGUGUUCAGCGACAUCAUCAACGCCUCCACCGGUCGCAGCUGGGCGUCGGAAAUCAACAACCCCGUGCCCGGAGUGCUACCCAAUGCCCCCGCUGGCAAGGGUUACGCCGGAGGAUUCGCCACCGGUUUGAUCACCAAGGAUCUGGGAAUCGCCUCCGCUGUUGCCACCACCUCCAACACUCCCAUCCCGCUGGGAGCUCUCACACACCAGAUCUACCGCACCCUGAUGGCCAAGGGACUGGCCAACAAGGACUUCUCCGUCGUGUACGAUUUCAUGAAGAACGACAAAGCCUAAGAAGGCCUUCAGCCGUCUCCAAUAGGGUCGUUCUUUCGGUAAUAACUGUCUUCCAGAGCAUGCAUUUAACCAGUUUAAUUAUGACGAGCUUGUAUCCUCGAUGGGAGGAUACAAGGCGCAGAGUUUGGUUUAUUAUACAGAGUAUAUGAAUAAAUGGUAACAUUCACGUAUAUUGUCUA